AUGGAGAGGACUAGUGAAAAUGAAGGGAAUAUUUUUUGGUUCAUGAAAAAGAACGAGAAGCCUGUUGUUAGAGAAAAAGGGGCGGACGGUGUCAGCGAGGUGGUUGGGUGGGCGGGGCUAAAGGCGAAUCUCUCAGUAGGGAAAGUUGACACUAACGCUGAUUGCUGUUGUUUGACGCUGCUUGCUGCUGGUGCUGCUGUUGCUGCUGCAGCAUUCAAUUGCUAUUUGGUCAAAUUGGCAGCGAUAACAGAAGUCGCCGACGCUGGCGCAGCGGCGUCGACAGCGGCCGUGGCGUCAAUGUUUGAAUAUUAUGUUGGUUAGUC